AUGAUUCAAUUAAAAGGUAAGAAUGCAUUAAUUACAGGUGGGAGUGCUGGAUUGGGGGCAUCAAUCGCUCAUCAAUUAGCCGCUGAAGGAGUUAAUAUUGCCAUCAAUUACGCCAACAAUAAGGAACGUGCAGAUACAUUAGCUUCCGAAAUCACAGAUAAAUAUGGAGUCAAGACAAUUGUAUUAAAAGCUGAUGUUUUCAAAAUGAAUGAAUUGAGCCAAUUGGUUGAAUCAACAGUUGAACAGUUGGGAGGGAUAGAUAUCUUGAUUUCAAAUGCUGGGUGGACCAAGUUUAUUGAAUAUGACGAUUUGGAUGGGAUGGAUGAAGAAGCAUGGGAUGGUACCUUUAAUGCCAAUGUUAAAGCUCAUUAUUUCCUUUUCAAAGCUGCUAAACCAUAUUUGGAUGCAAAUGAAGAUGGUGGCGUAUUUAUUGCUAGUGCAUCGGUAGCUGGUCGUAUUUCAUACGGCUCUUCCAUCCCUUAUGCUGUUAGUAAAGCUGGUUUAAUCCAUUUAAUCAAGUUUUUAGCCAAGACUCAAGGUCCUAAAGUGAGAUUACAUGCUGUUUGUCCAGGGUUGCUUUUGACUGAAUGGGGCAAGAAAUUCCCCCAGGAAAAGAUUGAUUUGGUCAAACAAAGGUCUCCAAUUGGACAAGUUACUGAUGUUGACGAAUGUGCUGCCCAUUAUGUAUUGUUGAGUAAAUUGGCUACAUCUACUGGUACUAUUGUAGGUAUGGAUGCAGGUAUUUCAUUGUAA